UAUGCUUAGUACCAGCAUGUCCUGCUAUAUGCUUCUUGUACUUGGGACGACCUGACCGUCUUUGUGACCGGUUCUCUGUAAACAACCCAGCUUUCCUGCACUGAGCCGCCCACAUGAUGGACUUCCUGCAGGAGAAUGCGGCCACUCAGCACAUUCUGAAGACCCUUGUGAUAACCGAAUACGUUUUCCAGCACAGCUCUACAGGAUGAGGCUACAACAGCACCACGUGGUCAGAGGGAACAGGAGACACGGCUCUGGAUAACCCCUUUAAGUUCCGAAGUAAAUUGGCGAUACAGGGCGUCAUCUUUAGCGUUCUAAGUGACUAUCGGAGACAUUUAUCAUCGUUGCUUUGAUCCGUGUAUCCUGUGGAUUACUUUAGAUUCGGAGGAGUACGGUGACCAAGAAAAUGAUAAGAGACAUAACUCAGUUCAAUGAACAUGGAUGGAAACAGCAGCAUCGUUCAUGAGAGGCUUUAUGAUGAUGAACGGCAGUCAGGCAGAAGGAAGGUUUCUUCUUACACACCCAGAACUGAAUGGAUUCCAUUUGGGCUGCUGGCCCUGCUCUUUGUCCUAAUCCUGACCCUCUUUAUUAUUGUAUUCCAUAAAGCCAAUGAAAACAAGAAACAGUUAAUUACUUUAAAAGAGAUGGAUGAUUUUAGGGGAAAAGUACAUAAACUUUAUAUGGACAUGGACCAGCUGCACACAUCAUUGAAGAAGAAAACUUGUGAGGUCGGGUGGAAACAGUUUGAAGAGAGCUGCUAUUUUCUUACUGUGACUAGAACUUCUUGGUCGAAAACCAGGAGUUUAUGUCUCAAGAAAGAAGCGGACCUAGCCUCAGUCACCAGUGAGCGGGAGCAGAUCUUCCUUAAGACUUACUCUGAUGCCUCCUCAUCCAAACGUUUUUGGAUUGGACUCCAUGAUAUGGAUGAAGAAGGAAGCUGGAUAUGGGUCGAUGGAACAGAUUAUGAAACAUCUUACAAGAGCUGGAAAAAAGGAGAGCCAAAUGAUAUGCUCGGAGAUGAAGAUUGCGCCCACUUGUGGAGCUUUGGAGAGUGGAAUGAUGUUCCCUGUACUUAUGAAGAUGCAUAUGGGAUUUGUGAGAAAAAGCUCUAAGCUCAUCAUAUCUAGAACCCUAAAAAGCUACCUUUAUAAAUGAGGUAGAAUAAUGCCUCCUGUGUCUUCUAUCCCUGCAUAAUCUAUGACUUCCAUUUUAUGUUUCUCAUUAAAGGGGCACUCUGUUGCUCCGUACAGACACCCAGUGUUAUGAACAUUAUGUUUAGAAUGCUGGGUUCAGGCUGCCAUGGUUGGGACGUCACACCUUUUCCCCUCCAUUCAUGUCUAUGACGUGGGUCACGACCAUGGGAGCCCGAACCCAGGGUGUUUGCAGGAAGCUAAUGAGUACCCCUUUAAGUAUAAAGAGCCCUUCUGCAUUUUCUAAAUGUAAUUUGUAAAUGUGUAUAAAGGAAUAAUGUGUUCUUUCCUGGAACCUUCCUUUUUUUUCUCUCAAAGGGAUUUUACAACAAAGAUAUAUAUUGUAGGUCUAAAGUGAUGUAUUACAUGGAAAUAAACAUACAGUGGUCCCUCAACAUACGAUGGUAAUUCGUUCCAAACGAGCCAUCGUUUGUCGAAUCCAUCGUAUGUUGAGGGAUUCGUGCAAUGUAAAGUAUAGGAAGCUGUACUCA